AUGUCUUACUUUGCAUUGAACUGGGGUUUUGUAUGAGUAUGUUUUUAUUUUCCAUCCGGAUUUGGUAGAGUUUUAUUUUCCUCUUAGCACUGCUUUUCAAAUGCUGUUUAUUCACAUCAUUUCUGCAGAGAGCCGUCCCAUCUCUAACAAAGGUCAGGCACUUCGGAGGAUUUCGAGAUCAUGCGAGCAGUCUAGCCAGGGUGUGCACGGCAGCCGUCCUGUCUCACGGGAGCGCGAGUCCUCGCAUGGAAGGCAGCUCAAAUCCCCGGAGUGGUCCAGCCGAUGGGCCCAUGGCAGCCGUUCAGUUUCUCGUGAGUUUGAGGAACUUCCGUGGAGGCGUUCACUCUCCCCUAGGCACUCUACCCAGCAGGCACAUGGGAGCUGCCCUUCCCAUCACGAGGUAGAAUCCUCACUCGGGAGGUGCUCAGCAAUGUCUCCUGAGGCUCUCAGUCAGCAUGUGCAUGGCAGCCCUCCUGUCUCACGGGAGCGCAAGUCCUCGUAUGGAAGGCAGUCCAAAUCACCGGAGCGGUCCAGGAGUGGGGUCCAUGGCAGCCGUUCAGUUUCUCGUGAGUUUGAGGAACUUCCGUGGAGGCGUUCACUCUCCCCUAGGCACUCUACCCAGCAGGCACAUGGGAGCCGCCCUUCCCAUCACGAGGUAGAAUCCUCACUCGGGAGGUGCUCAGCAAUGUCUCCCGAGGCCCUCAAUCAGCAUGUGCAUGGCCCUGUUCCCAGCGCAGGGCGGCCGCGUGAUAUUACUGCUCAUAUGCCACCAGGGGCAAUUUCGGGCCCACAAUGGACAGAUUUCAUGACGCAGGUGCUGAGGAUGUUGCAUACACUCAAGCAGAGACAACAACAGCAAUCAGAACAACUGGCACUCCUUGCCAACAUGCUCGACAGUGUGCUGCCUGCACCGACCGAACCUCUUGUUGUUGCUCCUUUGAAGGAUUUGGAGGAAUUCUUGGCUUACGAAAAAGUCCUGGCUGCAAGUGAUGAAAAGAAGCUGCAACUGAAAAGGUACAUCAAAAUAAUUGGCGGGGACGAUGCAAAGGAAAAAACUUCCCGAAUACUUAAGAAGCUUCUGACUUACGACAUAGGAGUGGCCUUCACUUGGUAUGGUACAAAAGACAAGAGGAGAUUCUGUGACCUGCAGUUCUGUCAGCUGAUGUGUGGUGGCUUAACAGAACAACAAAACAAGAAAGAAGCAGAAGUCACUCUUAAAGAUAUUGAGAAAACAACAAUGACAUGGCUGCGCCAUGCCAAAGAGCGCCUGGACAACUGCCAGAAAAGGGGAGCUGCACAGAUGGCACACCCAGAGGAAGAUGAGGAUGACUGAAAUCUGGAAUUGUUUUCUUUCCAAGUGAAGAUGUGCUGUUAUUUUAAUGAACAGUUCCUUAAGCCUCGUUCAGGUUCCAACUAGUCAAUAAUUUAUUUGUUUUGUAAAACAGACUACUUUAUUUUUAUGAACAGUUGCAGUCUGGAAUUUUUUUUUAGUUCUCUAAAGAGGUGGUUUUAUUUUUAUGAACAGUUGCUUCAACCUUUUUCUAUAAGCUUUGUUAAGUCACUAACGAGUCAUUUAUAUCUUUGUUAUCAGACUAUUUUAUUUUUAUCAACAGUUGCUUAAGGCUUCUUGGAUAAACCAUCAUGAAACCACUUA